AUGGAGACUCCAGAGGGAACUGAACUCUGUUUUCCACAACUCCUCAAUGCUUCGUGCAGGAAGACCCUGCAUCCUCACUCCCUAGCCAUACUCAUAUAUAUUAUGCUGUCCUUCAUCUCUCUGCUUACUGCAAGUCUCAACCUGCUGGUUAUCAUCUCCAUCUCACACUACAAGCAGCUCCAUACCCCCACCAACCUCCUCCUCCUCUCUCUGUCUGUCUCUGAUUUCUUCGUGGGCCUUCUCAUGUUGUUUCAAAUUGUCCUCAUAGAAGGCUGCUGGUUUUUGGGUGACCUCAUGUGUGCUGUGUAUUAUGUUUCGGACUACACUCUCACCUCCGCCUCAGUAGGAACCAUGGUGCUCAUAUCAGUUGACCGCUAUGUGGCUAUUUGUGACCCUCUACACUACCCCACCAAAGUCACUCAAAAAAGAGUUCAAAUGUGUGUUUCUCUGUGUUGGGUAUGUUCUGUAAUUUUUCACGGUGUGCGGUUUAAGGAUAAUCUGAAACAACUAGGCAGGUAUAACUCCUGCUUUGGGGAGUGUGUGAUUGUUAUUGAUUAUGUUGCCGGACUUGUUGAUCUGUUUUUGUCCUUUAUUGGUCCUGUCACUGUCAUUGUAGUUCUGUAUAUGAGAGUAUUUGUGGUGGCUGUGUCUCAGGCUCGGGCCAUGAGGUCCCACAUUGCUGCUGUCACUGUCCAGUGUUCAGUGAAAGUAACUGCUAAGAAAUCUGAGCUGAAAGCAGCCACUACUCUUGGUGUUGUUGUAGUUGUGUUUCUAAUAUGUGUCUGCCCAUAUUUUUGUAUUGCACUUACAGGCCACGACACCAUGCUCAAUGCUUCAUCCUCUACUUUUAUAAUAUGCCUGUUCUAUUUUAACUCCUGUCUUAAUCCUGUGAUCUACACCUUUUUUUACCCCUGGUUCAGAAAAUCUAUCAAACUCAUUGUUACACUUAAGAUACUGGAGGCUGACUCCUGUGAGACCAGCAUGUUGUAG